AUGAGUACGUAUCAGCGAACCUAUGUUGAUAUUGAAAAUAAGAUUAGCCAGUUAAAUGCGUCCAGUACUGAAGUUAGAUCCCAACUUAUUUCUGAACAGAAGUCUCAUGCUGAAAGUCAAACUUCAUCCGAUAACAAGGCCCAGAUUCUUUCUCUUGAAGUUAAAGUACGUGAGUUGGAAGGUAAGUUUGAGGACUUGAGACCAAAUCAAAUGUUCCAAGAUUCGAAUGUAGUGGGAGGGGAGGAGCCGACCCAAACAAGCUCAUCCGAUCCUAAAGAGACCAAUUCUCUCAGGCUUGAAUUGGAACAAGUGAAGGAGGACUUUAAUUCAAAAGAAUAUACAAUAGAAUGUAUGGAAAAAGGGAAAGAAGCGACACAUGAGAUAACUAGUCAGAAAAUAGAUGUUUUAUCUUCGGCGCGAUUAAAUUUAACGGAGGAAAAUUCUCGUCUCCGAGAGAUAAUCUCAAAGAAAGAUAAAGAAAUAGCAGGUCUAUCUAGUCUCCUGCCUCCGUCUAUGAAUGAUUCAUCACAAAAGCUACCAGGUUGGGUCAGUGGUGAUCUAAGACCUCUCGUCUAUAAUCACGGUCUUGAAAAUAAAGUUAUGGAACUUGAUAAAAGUUUUGCCAGAGAAAAUAUAUUAGAGGCUCUGCAAGAGCUAUUUUCCCGGGAUGAGAUGGAUUCGAGAAGCCAGACAGAAAUCCUACCCAAUUAA